AUGUCCGACCUACUACUACAGACCCGUGCGGUCCCUUCUCUAUACAAAAACUCUGCGAAACCUUCUACAAAGUCAAAUACCAAAGCGAAAAGACCGCCCGUCUCUUCGGUUCCCGUGGUGAAUACCCUACAAAAGGCCAUCAGACAGGCGAACGAUACGUGGCAGUGGUGCAAAGAUGGUUUGACAGAAGACCAGCGCCUAAAGAUCAAACAGCUGGAGGAGAGGAAGCAAAACCUUUGCUUAGGCAUGCAAAAUGCCGAGUCUCAUGUUCAAUGGGAAGCUGCAGCGAAAGAACUAGACAGCCUCGAAGGCAACGACGAAUGGAAACGAGAUGCUUCCACAGGCGACUAUAACCCCGAACUGAUCCAAGAGCGACUCGACGCUUUGGACGAUGCCCGCACGAAAUGCGACGUUCACACAAUGAUGCACUUGAUCCGUACGGCUUUGUCCCGCGAUCUCGGCGGCAUGGACAACGUUGAUCUAUACCGACACUCCUAUACCGGAACGAAACGUCUUAUCGAACGAUACGUCGAGUCGACAAUUAAAACAAUAGACGCCGUCGUGACCCAAAGCCGACUCGACCAGAGCAUUGAGAACAGAGAUUUGCUCGAAGGUAUUCUGUUCGCCCGACAAAGCUACGGCCGAAGCGCAUUACUCCUAUCCGGGGGCGGCACCUUUGGCAUGUCGCAUAUUGGUGUUCUCAAGGCCCUAUUUGAAGCGAAAUUGCUGCCAAGGAUCAUUUCGGGCGCAAGCGCGGGGAGCAUCGUCUGCGCUGCCAUGUGCACACGAACCGACGAAGAAAUCCCGCUCCUUAUUGAAGAGUUUCCAUACGGAGAUCUCGCCGUGUUCGAGGAUCCAAGUGGUCAAGAUGGUGUUUGGAGUAACUUGCGUAGGUUGUUAACGGAGGGGAGUUGGUCUGACAUCAAGCAUCUCACCCGGGUAAUGAGAGGGUUGAUGGGCGACAUGACGUUUCAGGAAGCAUAUAACCGGACACGUCGCAUUCUCAACAUUUGCGUGUCGACUGCCUCCAUGUACGAACUACCUCGUCUGCUCAACUACGUGACAGCGCCAAAUGUCAUGAUUUGGUCUGCAGUCGCAGCUUCAUGCUCUGUCCCGCUUGUCUUUAACGCUGCACCUUUACUUGUCAAGGAUCCGAUUACAGGCGAGCAUCAACCCUGGAACCCCACGCCUCAGCGAUGGAUUGAUGGGUCAGUGGAUAAUGACUUGCCAAUGACUCGACUGUCAGAAAUGUUCAACGUCAACCAUUUUAUCGUUUCUCAGGUCAAUCCUCAUGUCGUGCCUUUUCUUUCCAAGGAUGACCACUUGUCGCCUGUCAGAAAGCCUGACCACAUGCAACAGACCACUGGCGAUAACUACGAUUGGGUGUAUAAAAUGACAUCGCUUGCGCGCGAUGAAGCAUUGCAUCGACUUCAUUUUCUCGCUGAAUUAGGCAUCAUGCCCAACCUUGCCACAAAAUUCCAGAGUGUCCUCAGUCAAAAAUACUCUGGCGAUAUCAACAUCCUUCCCGAUAUGGGUAUUAAUGAUCUGCCUCGGCUACUACGCAAUCCUAGUCCCGAGUUCAUGAUGCGAGCUUGCCUCAUGGGUGAGCGAGCUACAUGGCCCAAAUUAAGCCGCGUACGCGACCGUUGUGCGAUUGAGUUAGCGUUAGAUCGAGCUGUACAUAGACUUCGCGCUCGAGUGGUCUUUUCAGAAAGCCAACGUGAUCUUCGACGUUUGAACGUCACUGCUGGAAAUAUUCCGCUUAAACUACCUGUUAGAAUCAAGGAGGGGCAGACAAUUAUUGAGCCUCCCAGUGAGGUUAAGGACCAGAAGAGACAUCGUCGCAAGUCUGGAAGCAGUCUGCAUGUCGCACCCAGGCAAUGGCUAUUGAUGGAUACAGCCACCAUUACAGAUGAUGAGACAGAACAAGAGGAGCGCAUUGAAAUGGAGUCUCGUCGCCGAGCUGGGUCACCCGUCGCUCAGCGCAAGCCGUCCCGUCUCAAACGAUCAUCACGCUCCCAAGUCCAUCUUCACACUCGAGCUACCCUGUCAGCCGUUGUCGAUGCCGAAGAAGUUAACCCGACAUUUAACUUUUCCAAACCCAUCACACCCCCACUAAAAAGCCCAAGAGGAAGUGUGUCGCAAUCCAUGUCUGAUGGGUCAGAACAGGCGACGCCAGAACUUAAACCACAGGACCACAUUACCUCCGAGACGGAAAAAAAAGACAUGAGCGAGGAUCUUCCCUCAAGUGAUCACCGAGAGGAUGCAGAUCUGAGCGACGUUGACACAUACAAAGUGUAUCAAUUGGGGGAGAAAGCAAUGACUGUAGAUGAGCCUCCUCCUGGACCAGCAGCGCGUGCGGGCUGGAUACUAUGGGACUAG